GCAGAGGGGCCGCCCCGCAGCCAUGGGGCACCGGGAGGCGCUGCCUGCCCGCCCACCCUGCCACAUGGGUGCUGUGCUCUCCUUUGCUUGCCAUGACUCGUGCCAGGCAUGGUGCCAGAUCAUCAACGUGUCUGAUUCCCACUCUUCUCUCCUCACCUCUGUGGAUGGGAUUCUCAGUGAAAUGAACCAAAGCAUUUCCACACCUGCUGGAAGCAAAUAUCGCCUCUACGUUGGCUUGGCCCUGGCAAUAGGUUCCAGUAUGUUUAUUGGUUCUAGUUUCAUACUGAAGAAGAAAGGACUUUUGAAACUGGCAGACAGAGCAGUCCUCCGAGCUGGACAGGGUGGAUAUUCUUAUUUGAAGGAAUGGCUUUGGUGGGCUGGAUUGCUAUCAAUGGGAUUAGGAGAAGCUACAAACUUUGCUGCCUAUGCCUUUGCACCUGCAACCUUAGUUACCCCCUUGGGUGCACUAAGUGUCCUCAUAAGUGCUAUAUUGUCAUCCUAUUUUUUAAAUGAGAAACUGAAUAUUCAUGGAAAGCUGGGCUGUGUCCUUAGCAUUUUGGGGUCAACGGUCAUGGUUGUUCAUGCCCCUCAGGAGGAGGAGGUCACGUCACUAGAUGAGAUGGAAAGAAAGCUGCAAGAUCCAGCAUUUGUUACGUUUGCUGUUCUCCUAACAGUUGUUGUUCUCCUGCUGAUUUUUAUUGUGGCUCCAAGAAGAGGUCAGACGAAUAUAUUAAUCUACAUUUUAAUUUGCUCACUCAUUGGUGCCUUCUCUGUCUCAUCUGUGAAAGGCCUUGGCAUUGCCAUUAAACAAAUGCUGGAGCGGAAGCCAGUUUAUCAACAUCCAUUGGUUUACAUUCUGAUGGGCAUCUUGUUGCUCUCAGUCAGCACUCAGAUCAACUAUCUCAACAAAGCACUGGACGUGUUCAAUACAUCUCUGGUGACACCUAUUUAUUACGUGUGUUUCACCACAACAGUUGUGACAUGCUCCAUCAUCCUGUUCAAGGAGUGGAGUAGUAUGGACCCAGGUGAUAUAGUGGGAGCCCUCAGUGGAUUCUGCAGUAUCAUUAUAGGGAUUUUUUUACUGCAUGCUUUCAAAAAUACCAAUAUCACCUGGCAUCAGUUGAUGUCUACUGUUGCCAAAGAGCCGUCAUUACCAUCCCAUGAAUACGAAACCCAUGACACUUUAUUGGAGAGCAUGGAGGACCCAGCUUUAGCAUGUGAGGAGGACAAUGUUUUAUUCAGUCAAUGA